ACACACUUUUCCCAUUAGAGUCCAAGCCAUGGACUUCACCACCACCACCCUACUCUUCUUUUCUCUUCUCAUCUCAACAAUCAAAGCACUUGACCUUUGUUCCUCCCAGUCUCACGGCUCAGAUGAUCUCUCCGUCAUUCCCAUCUAUGGCAAAUGCUCACCAUUCAAUCCACCCAAACCUGACUCAUGGAUCAACACCAUCAUCAACAUGGCCUCAAAAGACCCACAACGAGUCAAAUAUUUGUCAAGCCUAGUGGCCCAAAAGUCCACCAAAGUCCCUGUUGCUUCUGGCCAACAUGUCCUUAAUAUUGGCAACUACGUGGUCCGGGCCAAACUCGGUACCCCGGGUCAACUAAUGUUCAUGGUUCUAGACACCAGCAACGACGCUGCUUGGGUUCCAUGUUCCGGCUGCACUGGAUGCUCCUCCACAAUUUUCACACCCAACACCUCAUCCACUUACGCCUCAUUGGAGUGCUCCGUGCCCCAAUGCACACAGGUUCGUGGACUCUCCUGCCCGGCCGCCGGCUCCUCCAACUGCCUUUUCAAUCAAUCCUACGGUGGAGAUUCCAUAUUCUCCGCUACCCUUGUGAAAGAUUCUCUAAGUUUAGCCAAUGACGUAAUUCCAAAUUUUGCUUUUGGAUGCAUCAACUCUAUCUCUGGGGGCUCGGUUCCACCACAAGGGUUACUGGGUCUGGGUCGAGGAUCCAUGUCACUUUUGUCACAAUCCGGCUCACUCUACUCGGGUGUAUUCUCUUAUUGUUUACCCAGUUUCAAAUCUUACUACUUCUCGGGCUCCCUCAAACUUGGACCCAUGGGUCAACCCAAGGCAAUUCGAACUACCCCACUUUUACGUAAUCCACACCGCCCAUCAUUGUACUACGUUAAUUUGACCGGAGUCAGCGUGGGCGGGGUUAAGGUCCCCAUUGCUCACGAACUCUUAUCCUUUAACCCGAAUACCGGAUCAGGGACCAUAAUCGAUUCGGGUACAGUCAUAACCCGAUUUAUUGAACCGAUUUACGCUGCAAUUCGGGAUGAGUUUAGGACACAAGUGAAGGGUCCGUUUUCAACGUUGGGUGCUUUUGAUUCAUGUUUUGCAGCAACAAACGAAGCUGUUGCGCCAACUAUAACGUUCCAUUUUACGGGACUGGACUUGAAGUUGCCAAUGGAGAAUAGCUUGAUCCAUAGUAGUGCUGGUACACUGGCUUGCUUGGCCAUGGCGGGUGCACCGAAUAAUGUGAACUCGGUGUUGAAUGUUAUAGCCAACUUGCAGCAGCAGAAUCAUAGGAUUCUGUUUGAUGUGGCCAAUUCUCGCUUGGGAAUUGCCCGUGAGCUUUGCAACUAGUUUUAGUAUAUCUCUCUCUCUCUCUGUCUCUGUCAUAUAAUGUGUGGAUUUGUAAUAUUUUUUUUUUUUCAUGGAAAAUAGGUUGUUUAACUUAUAAUUAAACAGGAUAAAACCUGUUGUUUGGAUAAUCAAGCAGUGUCUCAGUUUUACCUUCAAAAAUUCUAAUAUGUUAAGCUUUGUUUAUAAUAGUAAGUCUUUUUAGUGGUAAUUUGUCCGGUUUAUUGUAUGAGUUGAAUUUCUGGAUGUGGACGUAUCUUAAUUUAAUUUGUAUAUCUCCAUCUACUCUUGAGUUGC